UUUCUAAGUCCAAAAACUGAUGAAGCAACUAAGGAUUCCAGCUUUACGACCCAGACCACCAGGUUCAGAGACAGUUUCUAUGUACAGGCAGUGCGGAUCAUUUUACUCAGCCCCAACUUUAGGUGUACAAUAGAAAAGGAUCUAUCUGGUACUACGGGUAAUUCCCGUGGUACCAGUACCUACCGUACAGUAAAUGUUUUCCUGGGAAAUUCCAAGACUUUUUAAAUGAUUUCUACAGCGACAUCCACACAGCUUUUCUCCCACGAGUUCUUCUCACAGUUCCCGUUGUAUCAUACUGCUUGGCUAUUUAAGGUCCGUAGGAAGCCAGAUCAUCUCAUACUUCCCUCCUCGCAGAAAGACAUGGCCAGGCUGGACGUGACAGAGACCUUCCAUCACAUCUCAUUCCCUGGGCACAUUCACACCCAGGACUCCCUGAACUAUGCCCUCCACUUCCAGUUCCAGGACAGGGACACUGUCAUCGCCACCUACCCCAAAUCAGGGACUACCUGGAUGCAGGAGAUUGUCACUCUUGUGAAAAACAGAGGGGACCCACAACUCUCCAAAACUGUGCCCAACUGGGCCCGAGCUCCCUGGCUGGAACAGCAUUACAGUGCAAAGGUGCUGGAGGCCACCCAGGGGCACCGAAUCAUCACCACUCACCUGCCCUACAACCUGCUGGCUUCUGCACUCCAGGGCUCCAAAGCUAAGGUCAUCUAUGUCGCCAGAAACCCCAAAGAUGUUGCUGUGUCAUAUUACCACUUCCAUAAAAUGGCCAAGUUCCUCCCAGAACCCAAUUCAUUUGACGAGUUUCUGGAUAGUUUUCUGGAGGGAUCAGUGAGUUAUGGGUCCUGGUUCGAUCAUGUGAAAGGCUGGACGAGUCAAGCAGGAGUCUUGGCAAAUGUUCUUUACAUCUCUUAUGAGGAGAUGUGGCUGGACCUGCAAGGCUCGAUGGAGAGGAUCAGCUCUUUCCUGCAGUGCCCCCUGGUGGGCGAGGAGUUAACCAACUCCAUGAGACACUGCAGCUUCAGCAGCAUGAGAGACAACGCCAUGGUGAACUACACUCUAAUCCCAAAGGAGAUCAUGGACCACAGCAAAGGCAAAUUCAUGAGGAAAGGUAAAAUCGGUGACUGGAGAAACACUUUCACAGAGGAGCAGAUUGGUCUUUUCGACACCGUCUACAGCUACCAGAUGCAAGACUGUGCCCUGACCUUCAUGUGGGAGUGUUCUCCUGAGUCCUGUGGGGGAGGAGGAGGAGGACAGGCUUCUGGGGAUCAGGAUGGGGCCCUUAUCCUCCAUGACGCCGGAGAUUGAUGGAUACGCUUCAUACAAGCCCUGGAAUUCUCUCACUGAUGUUCUCUGUGUUUUUGUGAAUGUACAUAUAAUGUACAUAACCCAAUAUAGUAAAACGAUAUAAUACAAUUGAUAUGCUAAUAUAACAAAAAUAUUGUGUGUGACCUAUUUGUUGUUGUAGUUGGGUUUUUCCACCUCUAAAAAAAUCUAAAUGUUACAGUUAACUGAAUGAGAGUGAAGUUUCUCCUGCAUCUUGGCUUGUGCUACAAUAGCUAGAUGAAUAAACCAUGUCUCCUCCCUAGCUAGCGCUGUCAGCCGGUCCCUCUCAUUAGCCUGCUGAUGGGAUCCGAGAGGGACACAUUUAACUCCCUGACAUUGACACAUUGGAAAUACUCCCAGUGUGUGGCAGUGCAUCAAGCAGAAGGGCUCAUAUAUUAUCUCCAGAAAGGCUGACGUGUACAUAAAAAGCUGUUGUUACAUCAGUCCACAUAGCUUGAUUCCGAACAACCUGGAUUUCCCAUAUAUAGCUCAUCUACUUACUGUAUUUCCAUCAGUAAGGUUCAUAGCCCUGAGUUGUUGGGAAACUAUGUGACUGAUGCUAACAUAUAGGCAUAUAUCAUCAUUAGGCCUAUCUAAUCCCAGAUUCCAUGUGCUGCUCAACUAAAAUAAUGUGAAAGAU